AACAAGGACUACGAGGGAUGGGGAAACCAGGCAGAGAGAACCAAACCACUGUUUCAGACUUCCUCCUUCUAGGACUCUCUGAGCAGCCGGAGCAGCAGCUUCUCCUAUUUGGCAUCUUCCUGGGCAUGUACCUGGUCACUAUGGUGGGGAACCUGCUCAUCAUCCUGGCCAUCAGCUCUGACUUACACCUUCACACUCCUAUGUACUUCUUUCUGGCCAACCUAUCAUUAGCUGAUGCCUGUUUCAGUUCUACUUCAAUCCCCAAAAUGCUGGCGAACAUUUAUAGUCAAAGCCAGACCAUUUCCUAUUCUGGGUGCCUUACACAGCUGUAUUUCCUUAUCACAUUUGGUGGCCUUGACAAUUGCCUCCUGGCUGUGAUGGCAUAUGACCGCUAUGUGGCUAUCUGCCAGCCACUCCAUUACAGCACAGCUAUGAGUCCCAAACUUUGUGCACUAAUGCUGGGCAUGUGCUGGCUGCUAACCAACUGCCCUGCCCUGACGCACACACUGCUGCUGACUCGUCUGGCUUUCUGUGCCCAGAAAGCUAUUCCCCACUUCUACUGUGAUCCCAGUGCCCUACUGAAACUUGCCUGCUCAAAUACCCACAUUAAUGAGCUGAUGAUCAUCACUAUGGGCCUGAUGUUUCUCACUGCUCCCCUCCUGCUGAUUGUCCUCUCCUAUGUCCGUAUUUCCUGGGCUGUGUGUAGCAUCUCAUCUCCUGGGGGGCAGUGGAAGGCCUUCUCCACCUGUGGCUCUCAUCUUACAGUGGUUCUGCUCUUCUACGUGUCUCUUAUGGGUGUGUAUUUACUUCCUCCAUCAACUCACUCUACCGAGAGGGCGAGUAGGGCUGCCAUUCUCUAUAACGUGAUUAUUCCCAUGCUAAACCCAUUCAUCUAUAGCUUAAGAAACAAAGACAUGAAGGCGGCUUUGCGUAAACUUUUUGGCAGUGGGAAAACAUUCUUCUUACCAUGACAGUGAUACCUGAUUCUGGCAUGCAGACCAACCCCUGCCCUCCCAUCACUUCAAUGAUUCCACCACUCUCAGACUGAUUUUAAGGGAAGGUGACCAGGUAAUUUUAUGCUACACUUAGGGGUGUAACAGAAAGGAUAUUUCCACUUCUUUCUUAGGCUGUGGAAUGAGAUGUUUCUGCCUCAAUCUCUCUUCCGAUACCAGUGAGGCACCCAUUACUAAGAGCAGAAAAACAUUUCCCCUCCUCUUCUCUAAAAGCAGCACAUUAGCCACAUGAACUAAAGCAUAUGAUGUAUGGCUCUUGAGUCAAGAAAUUCUGCCCUUUGGUGAACAUGGGAUGAGAUGA